GGGGAGAGAGAGAGAGAGAUAGAAGAGAGAGGGGAGAGAGAGAUAGAGGGGAGAGAGAGAUAAGAGAAAGGAGAGAGAAAGAGAGAGAGAGAUAGUGGAGAGAGAAAGGGGAGAGAGAGAUAAGAGAAAGGAGAGAGAGAGGAGAGAGAUAGGAGAAAGAGAGAUAGAGGGAGAGAGGAGAAAGGAGAGAGAGGAGAGAGAUAGGAGAGAGAGGAGAAAGAGAGACGGAGAGAGAGAGAGAGAGAGAGGGGAGAAAGAGAAAGAGAGCGGACAGGCAGAUAGCUCUCGGGAAACGUAACCACCACUCUCUCUUCCCCGCGUAAAACCAGUCUCUCGAUUGCUCUCUCCGACGGUGCCAAGUCUGUUGGAAGUCGACGAGGAGAAACCGUUGGACUCUCACUGAACCAACUGCAAGCAACGAGGGAAAGAGAAGAGGACGACUUGUUAAAAUAUCAUCCGUCGGUUAGAUGUAAAGUAGGCUAUAGGGGAGGCUGAAAUCUAACUUGUGACAUACUGAAGAAAAUCCGAGUUUCUCUCUCCAGUUAGACCCGCUACCGGGGGUUAACACAACGGCUCCGUGUCGAGAUGGAUAAAGUUAGACAUUGGCUAUUAGCUGCUAUCAGCUUGUUGUUAACGGUUCGAGGAGAAGCCUAUAAAGGUGAUUGUAAGUUUGACAAGCCGUUUGCAGACUGCGGGUAUAGCCAGGGGAGAGAGGACGAUCUAGAUUGGGAACAGGCCAACACCAGAGUGAAGCCCACAGCAGACCCCUGGAUGCCAACAGGUAAGCCUGCCUUCAUUAUGGUCAACACGUCGGGGCGUUUCGCUGGUCAGAAGGCAUUACUCCUGACUCCCCAGCUGAAGGAGAAUGACACUCACUGUAUCAUCUUCCAGUACUUCCUGUCUGGACGCGAGGGGGCGGGACCGGGGCAGCUCAACGUGUACAUCAGAGAGAACAACAGUCCACUGGGCAUGCCCGUCUGGAACGUGUCUGGGCCAGCUACUAGAGCCUGGGUACAGGUAGAACUGGCCAUCUCUACCUACUGGCCCAACUUCUAUCAGAUGGUGUUUGAGGUGGUGACCUCAGGGCGUCGUGGCCUGCUGGCCAUCAAAAAUGUGGUGCUCCAGGGCCAUCAGUGCAUGAACACCCCUCACUUCCUGACCAUAAAGGGUGUAGAGGUGAACGCCGGACAGACGGCCGCCUUCCACUGUACUGUCAACGGACGACAGAGAGACAACUUCAACCUCUGGUUACAGGGUAUUGGUGGACGCGUGGCCCCUAUGAAGUCCACCAAGCCAUGGAACAACAGACGCUUCAUUGGGACCUUCGACGUGGAGAACACCACUAAAGGAGACUCAGGACGCUACCGAUGCAUCGUCCACUCUGACAAAGGAGUUGGAGUGUCCAACUAUGGAGAACUGACCAUAAAACAGCCCCCGGUGCCCAUCGCUCCCCCCCAGCUCACAGCGGUUGGCGCCACCUACCUUUGGAUCCAGCUUAAUGCUAACUCCAUCAACGGAGACGGUCCAAUCAUCGACCGAGAGGUGGAGUACCGUACGGUGUCAGGGACCAUGUAUGACCUACAGCCUGUGGACAAGACCACCCAUAAGAUAGGUCACCUGACACCAGACACAGACUAUGAGAUCAGUGUGCUGUUGACCAGGCCCCUGGAUGGAGGGACUGGGGCCCCCGGGCCUCCUCUCAGGGCCAGGACCAAGUGUGCUGAGCCAAUACACGGUCCCAAUAAUCUAGAAGUCGUUGACGUCCAAUCAAAACAAGUCACUGUUCGCUGGGAGCCUUUCGGCUACAACGUCACGCGUUGCCAUAGCUACAACCUGACGGUGCAGUACCGGUCCCAAGUGGCGGGGAAGGACGAGACCCGGGAGGAGGUGUGUUACGACACCCUGGGUCGCGACCCCCAGCACACCAUCCACAACCUGACUCCCUACACCAACCUGUCAGUCAAACUGGUCCUCAAGAACCCAGAGGGGGUCAAAGAGAGCCCAGAGAUGGAGCUGCAGACGGAUGAAGAUGUACCUGGAGCGGUUCCUCUGGACUCCAUCCAGGGCAGUGCUUAUGAAGAGAAGAUGGUUCUGAAAUGGAGAGAACCAGCCCAGACCUACGGAAUCAUCACUCAGUACGAGAUCUCCUACAAGACAGUGAGUUCCUUUGACCCAGAGCUGGAUCUGUCCAACCAGAGUGGGAAGGUCCUGAAACACAGCAACGAGACCAGCCACAUCUUCCUGGGGCUGUACCCAGGAUCCACGUACUCAUUCAGCCUCCGAGCCUCUACCGCCAAGGGAUAUGGUCCAUCAGUCAUCACACAGUUCACCACCAAGAUAUCAGCUCCCUCCAUGCCAGCUUAUGACCAGGAGGCAUCUCUGAACCAGACAGACGGCACAGUGACUGUCCUGCUGAAACCUGCACAGAGCCGAGGGGCACCUGUCAGUGGGUACCAGGUGGUGGUAGAAGAGGAGAGGCCUCAGAGGGCGAGGAGGGGAGCGGUUGAGAUUCUCCGCUGUUACCCUGUCCCCAUCCACUUCCAGAACUCCACCGUCCUGAACUCUGGGUACUACUUCACAGCUGAGUUCCCCGCCGUAGGGCUACAGGCUCCUCAACCCUUCACUGUGGGAGACAACAAGACCUACGGUGGGUACUGGAACGCCCCCCUACUGCCCCAGAAGAGCUACAGCAUCUACUACCAGGCGGUCAGCACGGCUAACGGGGAGACCAAGAUGGACUGUGUCCGCAUCGCCACUAAAGGAGCGGCCACCCUUAAGCCUGACGCAGUAGAGCCAGAGAAACAGACUGACCACACAGUGAAGAUAGCCGGAGUCAUCGCUGGCAUCCUCCUCUUCGUCAUCAUCUUCCUCGGAGUCGUCCUGCUCAUGAAGAAAAGGAAGCUGGCUAAGAAGCGUAAAGAGACGUUGAGCAGUACACGACAGGAGAUGACAGUGAUGGUUAACUCUAUGGAUAAGAGUUAUACGGAGCAGGGGACAAACUGCGACGAGGCCUUGUCCUUCAUGGACACACACAGCCACACGCUCAACACAAGGACUGCGUCGUCCCCUUCCUCCUUCACCCUGAAUAAGUCUAAUACUCUCAGCACAACGCUUCUCAAGUCCUACUACCCAGAUCCCUUCGUGCCAACCGCUAUCUUAGUGCCCAUAAAUGAUGACAGCCAGACGCUGGGUGGCAGCUGCAGCGACACCAGCAGUCUGGUCCAGUCUCACGGCCACUCCCUGAGAAAGAGGGAGGGGACAGUAGACGCGCCCUACCAGACGGGCCAGCUCCACCCUGCUAUCAGAGUAGCCGACCUGCUGCAGCACAUCACGCAGAUGAAGUGUGCGGAGGGAUAUGGCUUCAAGGAGGAGUACGAGAGCUUCUUUGAGGGGCAGUCAGCGCCAUGGGACUCCGCGAAGAAAGAUGAGAACCGGAUGAAGAAUCGAUAUGGGAACAUUAUUGCGUAUGAUCACUCUCGAGUCAGACUUCAGCCCCUGGAGGGAGAGCAGAACUCUGAUUACAUUAAUGCAAAUUACGUUGAUGGCUACCACAGGCCCAACCAUUACAUCGCUACCCAGGGUCCGAUGCAAGGGACGGUGUUUGACUUCUGGAGGAUGGUGUGGCAGGAGAACACGGCUGCUAUCGUCAUGGUCACCAACCUGGUGGAAGUUGGCAGGGUGAAAUGCUGUAAGUACUGGCCGGACGACACAGAGAUCUACAGAGACAUCAAGGUGACCCUCAUAGAGACGCAGCUACUGUCAGAGUACGUCAUACGGACCUUCGCUGUCGAGAAGAGAGGAGCCCAUGAGAUCCGGGAGAUCCGUCAGUUCCACUUCACAGGGUGGCCGGACCACGGGGUGCCCUACCACGCCACUGGCCUCCUGGGCUUUGUCCGUAGGGUGAAGGCCAAGACACUCACCAUUGCUGGACCCAUGGUCAUCCACUGCAGCGCGGGGGCGGGCCGAACAGGCUGUUUCAUAGUGAUUGACAUCAUGCUGGACAUGGCAGAGAGAGAGGGCGUGGUGGACAUCUAUAACUGUGUCAGAGAGCUGCGCUCCAGGAGAGUCAACAUGGUGCAGACUGAGGAGCAGUAUGUCUUUAUCCACGACGCCAUCUUGGAGGCGUGUCUUUGUGGUGACACCACCAUCCCAGCCAAUCAGCUUCGCUCGGUCUACUAUGACAUGAACCGAUUGGACCCCCAGACCAACUCCUCCCAGAUUAAAGAGGAGUUCAGGACUCUGAACAUGGUGACUCCGACGUUGCGGGUGGAGGACUGUAGUAUCGCCCUGCUCCCCAGGAACCACGAGAAGAACCGCUGUAUGGAUGUCCUUCCUCCUGACCGCUGUCUGCCCUUCCUCAUCACCAUCGACGGAGAGAGCUCCAACUACAUCAACGCUGCUCUUAUGGACAGUUAUAAGCAGCCGUCAGCGUUCAUCGUGACCCAGCAUCCUCUACCCAACACAGUGAAGGAUUUCUGGAGGCUGGUGUUGGACUACCACUGCACCUCCAUAGUGAUGCUCAAUGACGUCGACCCAGCACAGUUAUGUCCUCAGUACUGGCCAGAGAACGGGGUGCAUCGCCAGGGGCCAAUCCAGGUGGAGUUUGUAUCAGCUGACCUGGAGGAAGACAUAAUCAGUAGAAUAUUCAGGAUCUACAACGCAGCACGACCUCAGGACGGGUACCGUAUGGUGCAGCAGUUCCAGUUCCUGGGUUGGCCAAUGUACCGAGACACUCCCAUGUCCAAACGCUCCUUCCUCAAGCUCAUCAGACAGGUGGACAAAUGGCAGGAGGAGUAUGAUGGAGGAGAGGGACGCACUGUGGUGCACUGUCUUAACGGAGGAGGUCGCAGCGGGACGUUCUGUGCCAUCAGCAUCGUGUGUGAGAUGUUACAACAUCAACGUUCUGUAGACGUUUUCCACGCCGUCAAAACAUUGAGGAACAACAAACCCAACAUGGUUGACCUACUGGAUCAGUACAAGUUCUGCUAUGAAGUGGCUCUGGAGUACUAGAACUGUGAACAGCAGACUGGGCCUGGAUGCAGAUCUAGACUGAAGGGGUUUGGGACUUUACAAAAGACUGCAGCACAGACCGACCCGUGUUAUCACGGUCAAACAACUGGAGCGAGGCAACACAGCAAGCACAGACACGCAGAGCUCUCUCUCUCUCUCUCUCUUUCUCUAGCUCUCUCUCUAGCUCUCUCUCUCUCUCUCUCUGUCUCUCUGUCUCUCUCUCUCUUUCUCUAGCUCUCUCUCUAGGUCUCUCUCUUUCUCUCUCUCUCUCUCUCUCUCUCUCUCUCUCUCUCUCUCUCUCUCUCUCUCUCUCUCUCUCUCUCUCUCUCUCUCUCUCUAGCUCUCUCUAGCUCUCUCUCUCUAGCUCUCUCUCUCUAGCUCUCUCUCUCUAGCUCUCUCUCUCUAGCUCU